GUCCUGCCGUCGCUCUCCAACGCCAGCCCAGCGCCGCCUCUCGCUCUCGGAGUUCCAGCCAAAGGAGAAGCGGAGUAAGUAAGGAGGUCUCUAUACCAUGGCUCGUACAAAGCCGACUGCCCGCAAAUCGACUGGCAAAUCGACCGGUGGCAAAGCACCCGGGAAGCACCUGGUUACAAAAGCCGCUCUCAAGAGUGCGCCCACUACUGGAGGGGUGAAGAAACCUCAUCGUUACAGGCCUGGUACUGUGGCACUCCGUGAAAUUAGACGUUAUCAGAAGUCCACUGAACUUCUGAUUCGCAAACUUGCCUUCCAGCGUCUGGUGCAAGAAAUUGCUCAGGACUUUAAAACAGAUCUGAGCUUCCAGAGAGCAGCUAUAGGUGCUUUGCAGGAGGCAAGUGAGGCCUAUGUAGUUGGCCUUUUCGAAGACACCAACCUGUGUGCUAUCCAUGCCAAAUUUAUGUCUGGCCGUGGUAAGGGUGGAAAAGGUUUGGGUAAGGGAGGCGCCAAGCGUCACCGCAAGGUUUUGCGCGACAAUAUUCAGGGCAUCACUAAACCAGCUAUCCGGCGCCUUGCUCGUCGCGGCGGUGUCAAGCGAAUUUCUGGCCUUAUCUAUGAGGAGACUCGCGGCGUUCUGAAGGUGUUCCUGGAGAACGUGAUUCGUGACGCUGUCACUUACACAGAGCACGCCAAACGCAAGACUGUGACAGCAAUGGAUGUGGUUUACGCGCUGAAGCGACAGGGGCGCACUCUUUACGGCUUUGGUGGCUAAGGCUCCUUCUUGCUCCACUCCAUUUUCAACCAAAGGCCCUUUUCAGGGCCGCCCACUUUUUUCGUAAAAGAGCGGACAUCUUGUUAUCCUGCUUUGUUCCAGGUUUUUGCUGUGUAGUUACUGUGUACGUGCGUUGUUUUCAUUUUCAACCACAGGCCCUUUUCAGGGCCGCCCACUUUUUUCGUAAAAGAGCGGACAUCUUGUUAUCCUGCUUUGUUCCAGGUUUUUGCUGAGUAGUUACGGUGCACGUGUGUUGAUUUGCAGGUGGGGUUUCACCAUGUUGGCCAGGAUGGUUUCCGUCUCUUGAGCUCCUGAUCCGCCCGCCUCAGCUUCCCAAAGUGUUGGGAUUACAGGUGUGAGCCACUGCGCCCGGCCUGGAUUGGCUUUUCUAAUGUUCUGUGGCUCCUGAUGGAUCUGAGAAGAUGGACGUGGAGGAUGAAAAUCUGUCUGAUUAUUUUGAACUGAUGUUUGUUGCUAUGGAGAUGCUGCCUAUAUGUUGAUGUUGCGGACGUUAAGUCACUAGCCCACAGCCUUGUAGUCCAUACUCAGAGACCCUGCUACUUACUUGACAUCUCAACUUGAAAGUCCAAUUAAUAUGCACUUCAAACUUUAAUAGGCUUCAAACAGAAUUUCUUUCAUUAUCUCUGCAAAACAGCUUCUCCCAUCAUCUUGAAAUUAGUGAAUGGCAUUUUACUGUUUUAGUUGGAGUCAUUUCUGUGGUUUUCUUUCACAUCCUGCAUAACAAUCCAUCAGUAAGUUCUAUGAGCUCUUCUUUGAAAACAAGCAGAAUCCAACUGUUUCUCAUUCCCACUUCUGCUCUGGUCAAGCCACUGCCAACGCUCACCUUUAUUGUUGUAGCACCCUCAUUGCCUAGUUUUGUCCCACAGAUUUCCAAUAAAGGGUGAAUAAAAUCAGGUCACUCUUCUUCUGAAAACCCUCCAAUUACUCUCAUUUCGCUAAAAACAAAACCCAAAGUCCUUUCAGUACCUUGCAAGGCCCCACUCUCUGGCUCUUGUUAUCUCUUUGGCCUCAAAUCCCACUACUCCUUUCCUUCCUCGCCCAGCUCCGCUAGCCUCUCAAACUUGCUGUAAGUAUAUAUCUCUUUCAGGGACUAUAUAUUGACAUUUCCCUUUGUGUGGGCAACUCAGCUUCUAGAUUUAAGUGUUGCUGCCUCACUUCUUUCAAAUAACACCCUCUGUGUGAGGCUGGUUGUGACCCCAUUGGCAUUACAAUCCCGCUCCCUUCUCCACGGCCUUCCCACUAUAUUUUUCCCUGCUCCUAAGGAUCCUGCAGUCUAUUUGGAGAGUGAAAACAUAUGGUUAUGAAAAGGAAAGCAGGCAUAGAAUAUUAUAUGGAAUGUCAGAUGAAUGUAAUUCAAGUCAAUAUCAGAAGUGAUAGUUCCUGGCUUGGUGCCAGAUGUUGGAGGCCUGUUAGGCCAAUGACAGGAAUAUAGACUUUAUUCUGGACAGCAGGGAACCAUACAAAAUCUCUCCUCCCUGCUUUGGUUCUGAUUAUGUCACAAUUCUAGCAUCUUUCACGAAACUAGUUCUUGCACUGAGCAUAUUAGACUCAAAUUAUGUGUUUAUCUUAAUAAGUGCCUAGAUGAAUAUAAAUAAAAUGAAUAUAAAUCUAAAUUUACAAUUGAUAAAAUGAAAUACUUUAGUGUACAUGUUAGGUUAUGUCCUCCUGGCAGAAAAGGAAGAUACUUCAAGAACUAUCCUUUACACAGCAAGUCUUGUAUAUUAGCAGUGAUUUUUGUAAAGUGCCUGGUCUUUUGAGCAUGUAUAGACUUUCAGAGUAUAAGGGGAGAUUGCCUUUUGUAUAACCAAAUUUCUAAUACCAGCAAUAGUUAUGGAGGUUCUGUAUUUUUAUGGAAGGUGAGAUGACUUUUCCAUGAAUACAUUUGUUCAUUAUUGUUUCUUUAUUUGCUUUAAAAUUUAUAAUUCUAGAUACAUAUAAAAGAAUGUAGGCUGGGUGCAGUGGCUCACGCCUGUAAUCCCAGCACUUUGGGAGGUCAAGGUGGGUGGAUCACGAGGUUAGGAGAUCGAGACCAUGGUGAAACCCCGUCUCUACUAAAAAUACAAAAAAUUAGCCGGACACGGUGGCGGGUGCCCGUAGUCCCAGCUACUCGGGAGGCUGAGGCAGGAGAAUGGUGUGAAACUGGGAGGCGGAGCUUGCAGUGAGCUGAGAUUGCACCACUGCACUCCAGCUUGGGUGACAGCGAGAUUCCGUCUCAAAAAAAAAUGUAAAGCCAGGUGCUGUAGCGCAUGUCUGUAAUGCUGGCACUCUGGGAGGCUGAAGCAGGUGGAUCACCUGAGGUUAGGAGUUCGGGACCAGCUUAGCCAACAUAGUGAAACCCCAUCUCUACCAAAAAUAGGAAAAUUCGCCGGGCAGGGUGGUGUGUGCCUGUAGUCCCAGGUACUCUGGAGGCUGAGGUGGGAGAAUUGCUUGAACCCAGGAAGUGGAGGUUGCAGUGAACCGAGAUUGCGACUACACUCUAGCCUGGGUGACAGAGCAAGUCUCCGUCUGAAAAAAAAAAGAAAAAAAGUAUUAAAUCCAUAUACAAGUUAUAAAGGAUAUAUAAAGGAUAUAUAAAGGAUAAUAUGAUAACCAUGCUUGAACCCAGUUGCCAACCAGAUAUAAAAAAUAUGACAAAUAACAACUUUGACCUCAUCUCUCAUCCUCCCACUACUUCCCCUGGAGGUAACUAUUGCCUUGAAAUGUUGCUGGCUUGGCAUUAAAAUUCCUUAUGAUUUUCUGGUCCUUACAGUAAUACUGCAAGUUUUGCUUAACUUUCCCAUUUGAUCCUCUUUGAGGUCACUCAUGCAUUAUUUUAUAAACAAGAACAUAUACUUAGAGUCACAUGGAUUAUUAAGUGGUUCACUAAUCUUACUCUAUUCUUUCCUUUAAUGCUAGGAUACUUUUCUCUUGCCUUGUUUUUCAAUUUCCUUAGGAAUUGUAUCUUAAAAUUAUCCUAUUAAUUUUUUAUAUGCCAAACCUAGAAUAAUACUGUGUACAUAGUUGGUGUUCAAUAAUUAUUUGUUCAAUUAAUUUUUUUUCUGCAAAUAUGGAGGCAGUAGAAAAAAGAAAAAAAUUACUUUUAUUUUUCUUAACACAGGACAGGGAAACUUGGAAAAGGAAAGGGCUUAAUGGAGAACUUCCUUUUUCUUAACCACACUACUGGGAGUUUUAGAGACAGCCAAAUAAAGAAAGUUCUCUCCAGAGGAGCUGAUCCUUUCAUCCCAAAGAAUGCAACAGAAUUGUUUACAUUUUGGCAUUGAGCCUUCUAGUCAGGUUUUUUUCCUGUAACCAACUAUACUACACAUGUAUAUGAUAUAUUAAUAUAAAUGAGAAUAUAUGAUUUGGCACCUUUCCCAAAGUACUAUCCUUCAAGCAUAUUUUAUGUUUUUUUUUUGACAUUAGUUUUAAUAGCUGCACAGUAUUUCAUUAUGCAUAAACCAUUUUUGUCUUUUUUCUUCUUUUAAGACAGGGUCUCUCUCUGUCGCUCAGGCUGGAGUGCCGUAACGGGAUCAUGGCUCACUGCAACCUCUGCCUCCCUGGCUAAAGUGAUCCUCCUACCUCAGUCUCCUGAGUAGCUGGGACUACAGGUGCACACCACCACACCGGAGUAAUUUUUGUGUUUUCUGUAGAGAUGGGGUUUAACCAUGUUGCCCAGGCUGUCUCAAAUUCUUGGGCUCAAGUGAUCUGCCUACCAUGGCCUCCCAAAGUGCUGGGAUUAUAGGCAUGAGCUACUGUGCUGGGUCUGAUAAAACCUAUUUUUAGUGAAACUCCUGCUCUUCAACAUUUGUCUUUCCAAUUUUUAGCCACAAUUAACAAAAAUAUGAUGUUAAAAUAGAAUCAAUAGAAUAGGAUUUUGUAUAUUAUUAAAUAUAUGAUGAAAAUGAAUGGUGGUAAUCUAGGAUGAGGACCAAAUUUCAAACUUGGAUAAGCAGAGCUAUGAGGAUAAUGAGGCCAGUCUUGGUCCUGCUGGGUUUGAGCCACCUGUGGAAUACUUAGUUCAUACAGUAUUUGGAAGACUAAUUACUGCACUUCUUGUUAUAGACUGAUUUACCCUCCUCCCUGCUGCAUAUGUUGAAGUCCUUCAAAAUAUGACUGCAUUUAGAGUUAGGGUCGUUAAACAUAUAAAAUGAAGUUAUUGAGGUGGGUCUGAAUCCAAUCUGACUGGUGUCCUUAUAAGUAAAGAAGACUGGACACACACACAGAGAAAAGAUAAUGUGAAGACACAGGGAGAAGACAGUUAUCGACACACCAUGGAGAGAGACCUCAGAAGAAAUCAACCCUGCUCACAGGGUUAAUCUUGAGUUGUAGCCUCCAGAAUUGUGAAAAAAUAAAUGUUUAAGCCACUCAGUCUGUGGUACUUUGUUAUGGCAGCCCUAGCAAACGAAUACACAUCUCAAACAUUUUCAUUCUGGGAUUAUUUUUCUCUGCAUUUUUUUCAGUGUUAUGUCUGUUUCUCUACCCUAGAAAGACAGACAUACAGAACACAGAUGCCCGCCCACACCUACUGUGUGCUGUAGGGAAGAAAAAACUUUCCCUUCUACCCAUCUGAAAUUCAUUGGCUGGGGCCCUGUAACAAAAGACAGAUUAACGAGAGAAAAGCAUAUACAGUUGAUAUGGUUUGGAUCUGUGUUCCCACCCAAAUCUCAUGUUCAGUUGCAAUCCCCAGUGUUGGAGGUGGGGUCUGGUUGGAGGUCAUUGGACCACAGGGGUGGUUUCUCAAGGUUUAAUACCACCCCGUUGGAGCUGUUGGGAUAGUGAGUUUUGUGAUCUGGUUGUUUAAAAGGGUAUGGUACCUCCACCUUCUCUCCCUCUUGCUUCUGCACCACCAUGUAAGAUACCUUGCUUCCCAUUUGCCUUCCGCCAUGAGUAAAAUCUCCCUGAGGUAUCCCCAGAAGCAGAAGCUGUUAUGCUUCCUGUACAGCCUGAGGUUUUAUGAGCCAAUUAAACCUCUUCUCUUUAUAAUUA